CAACGUUUCACCACCCUGGACUAUGUCAUCUUUUCCACAAUGUUGCUUUUGUCGGCGGUAGUCGGCGUAUUCUACGCCUUCGAGGGAGUCCUAAAAUCUCACAAGGACUUUCUGAUGGCGGACCACAAUCUAAGUUUUUUGCCUGUGGCAUUUUCCCUCGCGACUAGCUAUAUGUCGGCCUUGACAGUGUUGGGAACUCCGGCCGAAGUCUAUCGCUUCGGAAGUGUUUUUCUCCUCUUUGCUUUUUCGUACGCCAUCAUGGUGGUGAUCACUGCUGAAGUGUUCCUACCCGUCUUCUAUCGACUGGGACUCACCAGCGUUUACGAGUACUUGGAACUUCGGUAUAACAAGUAUAUGCGUAUUCUUGGAACAAUGAUUUUUAUAAUACUAACGAUAUUAUACACCAGCAUUGUUAUAUAUUCUCCAUCACUGGCUUUGAAUAAAGUUACAGGAUUUCAGUUGUGGGGAUCAGUAAUAGCAACAGGAUUAAUCUGCACCUUCUACUGCUCAGUAGGUGGCCUAAAGGCAGUAGUCUGGGCAGAUGUUUUCCAAUAUAUACUGAUGAUAAUUGGGCUUGGAGUAGUGUUUGCAAAGGCUGUGAUAAUUAAAGGAGGAUUUGGCCCUAUUCUAGAUGAUGCUUAUCAGGGAGGAAGACUAAACAUUUGGGACUUUAACCCAAAUCCUUUGAAAAGGCACACUGUGUGGACUGUUGUGAUUGGUGGCACUUUUACUUGGGUUGGCAUGUAUGCAACAAAUCAAAGUCAAGUUCAACGAUAUUUUGCUUGCAGAUCACAAUGGGAUGCCAAAUGUGCUCUAUAUCUGAAUCUUGUGGGCCUCUGGAUAGCUCUGAUUUUUGCAUCACUGGAUGGAUUAUCAAUGUAUUCAAUAUACAAGGAUUGUGAUCCAUUGACAUCCGGAAUUGUAUCAGCCCCAGAUCAGCUCAUGCCAUAUUUUGUCCUGGAUAUUCUGGAAGAUUAUCCAGGCGUACCAGGACUUUUUGUGGCUGGAACCUUCGGUGCUUCAUUAAGUUCAGUGUCUACCAGCAUCAAUGCAUUAGCUACUGUAACUUUAGAAGAUUUUAUUAAGCCUUAUUUCACAGUGUCUGAAGAAAAGUUAUCAUAUAUUGCCAUUGGAAUAAGUCUAUUAUUUGGUAUAGCAUGUUUAUCCAUGGCUGCACUAGUAUCUGUUAUGGGUGCUUUAUUACAGGCUGCAUUCAGUGUUUUUGAAUUAAUUGGAGGACCUUUGUUAGGAAUAUAUUCUUUGGGCAUCCUAUUUCCUUUUGCAAAUUCUAAAGGUGCAUUCUCAGGUUUUAUUUGUGGAUUUUGUGUAAUAAUGUGGAUUGGAAUUGGUGCUCAGAAAUACCCACCUGCACCUCACCGGACAGUACCAUUAUCUCUUUCAAUUGCAGGCUGUCAAAAAUCCAAUGACAGUGCAUUUGUACCCAUAAUUGUUACUAGCCCUUCGCCAGCUCCUUCAAGAUCAUAUCUUCAAGAGUACUGGUAUUCAGUGUCAUAUCUAUAUUUCAACACAUUAGGUGCUUUGAUUACAUUUAUUAUGGGAACAAUUAUAAGUUUAAUAACAGGAGGUUUAAAAAAGGAGGUAGACCACAGACUUCUGUUUACAAGAAAGGAUUUUAUGGUGAACAUUCAGUACUGGAAAAACAAGUUUAUAUCUGGUACAAAUUUGAGUUUACCGGACAGUUCACUAUCCUUGUUUCAAGUAUUAAUUAUCAGUGACUGGAUAAUGUUUACUAAAUAUGUAGGAUGUGGUUCAUCUAAAGUAUUUCACUCUUGUGAACUUCAGGAUCAGAUUACAAGGCAAUUAAAAUAA